GCAAAUAACAGGCAAAAAACACACUAAUUUGUUUACCCAGGGUAUCCGGCUUAAUUUCGGAAGAUGGUGGCAAAACAAAGGAUCCGCAUGGCCAACGAAAAACACAGCAAGAACAUCACGCAAAGAGGAAACGUAGCCAAGACGCUGAGGCCGCAGGAGGAGAAGUAUCCAGUCGGGCCCUGGCUCCUCGCCCUCUUUGUGUUUGUUGUGUGCGGCUCAGCCAUAUUUCAGAUCAUCCAGAGCAUUCGUAUGGGUAUGUGAUCACACCCCCCGAUGCCCUUCUCUGUGCCCGACCCACCCUCGCUUACCCCUGGCCCCCCUCCUGGUCCAGAGGCUCUGAAACUGAAUCAAACCUUCAGGACCAACCUCGAGCCCACAAGACCCGCCCAUUCUACUGUCCCGUCCAAUCGGAGGUGUUCGCCAUGAUGUCACAGCGUUCAAAAGGGCCUACGGUUUGAAACCAAGAUGGAGGGCAGGUCAAAAUGCUAUGGUACAAAAUGCUGCUAAAAAUGACCCAGUUUAUGAUUAAUAUCUUUGUAAUUAUUUGGCUUCUUGAUGAAACAAAAACUGCUCCAAAGUUUAAACUAUAGCACACAAAUACAGCACUAUCCAUGGGUUUCACUCUGAAAAAUAGGUGACUGUUGCCAUGGUAAUUAGCCAACAGUUAUUUAUCUUUACUAACUCAACUACCAAAUAUUAUCUUCAAGUCUGAAAUUGAAACCCAUGAAUAGUCAACGCUUACUUUUUUUUUUGUAUUUGAGUUUCAAAAAGUUGAGGUUUUAUUAAUUGUAGACUGUAGACAAAGCAUUUCAGUAAGCCACACCCUAAAUGAGUUUGAGGGGCUUAUUUUAACCAAAAAUGUAUAUUAAGUUCAACAUUUCUGGAUUUUUGUUUAAAAAAUGGUGCCUCGCCCAUAGAAUAACAUUGGCCCUUGCCCUCCAUCUGAGAUUUUAACAUCACUGAAUACACUCUGGACCUCUCUGUGUGUGGUACUGACAGCUUUUCUACGGACAGUCGAAAACCACGCCACCGAAAAUCAUGCCCAUUCUUCACUGGCUUUGUGCAUUAUUUAAUUGUGUGUUUGUGUGAAUGAAGAGGUGAGAGUGUUGGAAGACAUGUGAUUCCUGCUGACAAUGUGCCAUAUCAGUGGAAAUGAUUGUGUUGUGUCAAAGCUAUCUUUU